AAGUAAAAAAAAAAUGAAACUUACUCCCCCCUCGAUACCCGUGUUAUAACUGUAUCGUUCGACGAAUAGCGACUUCUAUAUUAGGAAAAACGAGUUACUUUGCAAUACAUAAAUGCAAAUUAGUAUUGGUGCGAUUCUAAAACAAUUUAUCAUAGUUGUGUUAUUGAUGCCAAACCCGGGGAUAUCUUAAAAAAAUAUUGGCACCUAUAUAACUUAAAGUGGACCACUUAAGCGAAAUAUAAAUAAACCAAGCAUUUGCUGCGGCUUCAUUAUUUGAUUUGAAGUGACAAUUAAGAUGGGUUUCGACGAGGUUAUCACCCUACUGGGCGACUUUGGCACCUACCAGAAACGGGUGUACUUUCUUCUGUGUUUGCCGGCAAUUAUAUCGGCGUUCCACAAAUUGGGGAAUGUAUUUCUGCUGGCGGAACCCCGGUACAGGUGCCGGCUACCAGAUGAACCAGCCAACAGUAGCUAUGAGCUGCCCAACACGGUAAUGGAAAAAUGGUAUCCGUACGAUUCCUUACACUUCAAAUAUUCCCAAUGCGACAUCUUAAUUAACAAUCAAACCACUAAAUGUACCGAGUUUAUAUUUAGCCACGAAGAGUACGGCUACACGACUGUUAUUGAGUGGAAUCUAACUUGCGAAAAGGCGUACCUUGUCGCCAUCAGUAACUCUCUGUUUAUGGUGGGCGUGAUGCUUGGCUCGUUAGUUUUCGGCGAGACUUCAGACAGAUGGGGUAGGAAAAUCACCUUCCUGGUUGCAUCGCUUCUCAAGGUUCUCGCCGGAGUAGUGUGUGCCUUUGCCCCGGAAUUUUGGACUUUUACCAUGGCACGGACCGUCGUUGGUGCCGCCGCUUCCGGAGUGUUCCUGGUCGCUUACGUGAUGGGAUUGGAAAUGGUGGGCCCCUCGAAACGUCUGGUGGCCGGGAUGGUUGUUUUUAUAUUCUUUUCCGGCGGCUACGUGUUGAUCGCGCUACUCGCUUACGUGUUUCCCAACUGGCGCCAUCUACAGCUCGCGCUCACUCUUCCCGGAACGGUGUUCCUGUUCUACUGGUGGCUUAUUCCGGAGUCGGUCCGGUGGCUGUUGUCCAAACAUCGUUACGAGGAGGCGAAAAAAGUGAUCCGCGCCGCCGCCGAAACCAACAAAGUCAUCAUCGCCGACGAGACCCUCGACCAGCUGCUGAAGUACGACGACGACGGCAAGAAGAAGGACGUCGGUCAGAUGACGGCGUCCGUCGUGGACCUGAUGAAGCACUCCAACCUCAGGAAACGCUCGCUCAUCAUAUUCUUCGAUUGGUGCGCCAACAACAUCACCUACUACGGCUUGUCUUGGAACACGAACAAUUUGGGCGGCAACCCUUACAUAAAUUUUAUUAUUUCGGGGGCGGUCGAAACGCCCGCCAACAUAUUCGUCUACCUCACGCUGAACCGGUGGGGGAGGAAAAAGAUCCUGUGCGGAAGCAUGAUCGUCGCGGGCCUGGCCCUGUUGGUCACCACGGGCACCCCGACGAGUAUAGUGUGGCUCACAAUAUUCCUAGCGAUGUUAGGAAAAAUAUCAAUCACGGUUAGUUACAUAACGAUCUACAUCUUCUCGGCCGAGCAGUUCCCGACGGUAGUGAGGAAUACCGGCCUAGGGGUUAGUUCCACCUUCGCAAGGGUGGGUUCCAUAAUCGCGCCGUACAUAAAUGUGAUGUCGCACAUUUGGCACCCGUUCCCGCUUCUGGUGUUCGGAUCGCUCGCGUUGGUAGGCGGCGUCUUGUCGCUGAUGCUGCCGGAAACCCUCAACCGGAAAUUGCCGGAAACGCUGGAAGAAGGCGAGGCGUUCGGUAAAAAACCGAAAAGGCAGAACGGCAAGGAGGUGAGCGUUGUUGCCGUGACGAAUCGGCCGAACGAAAGAGAAAACGACGCUGAAUCUACCCUGCUAGAAGCGAACGGCAAGGGAAACUAAACUGCAUUGCGAAGUUCAUUAUUUUCGUUUGUAUCGUCUCCUUUUUUUUGAAUUUCAGUAUUAUCUCCCGCCUUGAGACUUUUCCCCGAAGGUUUUUUUUUAUUAUUUUGUUAGUAAAAAUGUUAAUAAAUUAGCAAUUUCGAAA